GUGGAUCCGAGUCCACUCCGACGGUCUUAUUCGGCGCCAUACCUUCUACAACAGGACAAACACUCACCCGGCUACAACCCAAUCUCCUCUGCAUAAUUCGUUCAUUUCCCCCUCAACCCUUGUUCUUAAAACAAUACAAGCCUUCGUUUUGAGUUUCAGCCCUUUAUCCCUCAUCCAUCACCCCUCAAGCCCACUCCUCCUCAACCCCGCUUUCCGGCGUCCCCUCACUUCAGAGCCUCGGCCAGUGACGACUCCAAACUUCGACAAACAGCAGCACCGCACCUCCAUCUAAACGCAGCCAUGGCUACCGUCGCCCACUGCCUCUACUGCUUCGACGCCCUCGCGGCCAACCUCGAGGACCGCUCCCCCAUGGCCCUCUCCGCCAUCGAAGAAUCCUGGCCCGACUACCCCAAAGGCAGUGACGACGGAGACUCCGACGCUGAAGCCAACGACGACGUCGAAGCCGAAGCCGACUUCACCACCACCGACACGCUCAAGAUCCCAACCCCCAGCAGCCUCUCAGCCACAACCCCCUCCUUAGGCUCAAGCUCCUCGACCUCCCUCCGCUCCCCCACCCCCCUCACCCCCUCCAGCGCCGGCACCUCCGCACCGCCCUCUCGCCCAUCCACAUGCGCACCCUCCCCCUACCACCCCAUCGGACAAUCCCUCUCCUCCCGCUCCGCGCAAUCCAGUGCCCUAACCUCAACACCCCUCUUCGUAACCUGGAACAUCCUCACGCCGCCCCUCCAAUCGCGGCAACUGCGCGGCUGCAUCGGGACCUUCGAGGCGCAGCCCCUUGACACGGGACUGGCGACAUACGCGCUCGCGGCCGCGCACAGCGAUAACCGCUUCAACCCCAUCGUGGCGCGCGAGCUGUCCGCGCUGGAGGUGGCAGUCACGCUGUUGACGAACUUUGAGACGUGUGCUGGGCCGCUGGAUUGGGAGUUGGGAGUGCAUGGGAUUAAGAUCAGUUUUUAUCAGAAGAGUAAGAGGUACAGCGCUACUUAUUUGCCGGAUGUGGCGGUGGAGCAGGGGUGGAAUAAGGAGGAGACGUUGGAGAGUUUGGUGAGGAAGGCGGGGUGGAGGAAGGGGGGUGGUUGGAGGGAGGUAGGGGAGCUGAAGGUCGUGAGGUAUCAGGGGAGGAAGGAGAGUGUGGAGUAUGAGGAGUAUAAGCGCUGGAGUGACUGGACUGCGGCUCAGAAGUGA